AUGAACAAAAAGAGUCGUAGAAAUGCUCGCGUGAAAUAUGAGGAUGAAGAUAUAGAGAUGCAAAACACAGAAGCUGGUUUGCAGACUUCAACAAAUAAAAUACCCGGGAGCACCAUUAAAACUAAAGAAAAAACCAAAGCCAAAGUUACUUUGAGUUUUGGUAACGAUGAGGAAGUGGAAGGAGAAUCAUUUAAAAUUACAAAAAGUACAGCUAGCCGCAAUCUUACAAAAACCAAAAUAAAAAAAUUGGUUUUGGAUCAGUUGAAAGAAUAUUUAUCACAGUUGCGUGCAAAUACACCUUCAACGCCUGCAUCUUUCCAAAAUCAAGAUAAUAUUAUUGCCGAGAAAUUUCCAUCUACAAUUGGUCCAGGGCAAAUUGCCGGAAUACCUGAUGCUGGAAUUAUUCAUGCACUUAAAAAGAAAAGAGAGAUGCUAAGACAAAAAAUCACCACUAGUGCUCCAGAAUAUAUCUCAAUAUCAGAUGAUGAGACUGAUCAAAUUGAAUCAAGAUUAGUGCGCGAAGAAGAUGAAAUAGGUGAUGCAGAAGAAGAAUUAGAACAAUAUGUUGAUGAAAAAUUAGUGUUUGGUAAAAAGGCGUUGAAGGAACAUGAAAAAAAGAAAAAAUCUGAACGGGAGGAAAUGAUUAUGGACGUUGAUUAUGAAGAUGAAGACGAAGGGUUUUUACAAUGGGAGCUAGAAGCAAUUAAAAAAGGAACUCAUGUACUUCAAAAACCCGUCGAGAAACCAGAAACCAAGGUUUACGCUCCAGCUCAAAUACCAGAAUUUGUGCCUAUUCCAGAAUUUUCUCAAAUUUAUUCACGACUUGAACAGAAACUUUUGGAUUUGGAAUCAUUUCAGAAAACUCGUCAAUUGCAACUCCAACAACUUCAAAAGGAUAUUGAAAACCAUCAAAAAGUAAAGAAAGAAUCUAAAUUAAAAAAAGAAACUGCCAUAAAACGAUAUACAUUUUUUCAAGAACUUAAAAUAUUUAUCGAGAACUUGACUGAUUUCCUUGAUGAAAAGGUUGUUAAAGUUGAAAUUUAUAGGUCCAUAAUUUUAAAUAUUUCACUAUAUUCUGAUAUGGUUUUGAAAACAAGGUUGAAAUAUGAUGAUGGUCUAAAAGGGACAGCUUGUGAAAGCCGAAGACAAAACCGCGAGUCAAGACGAUUAAAGCGAUUAAAAAAUCGAAUGGUUCUUAAUUAUGAUGAUGACGACGAGGGAUUUUCUACAGAUGAUAAACUAUCGGAAACAGACGAAGAAGAAUAUAAUUCCAAAAUUGAUCAAAUAUCUCAUCUACAUACAAAGUUAUUAGAAGAUGUGAUUGACGAUUAUAAAUCCAUUUCUAUUGUUAAAUCAAAAUUUGUCGAAUGGAAGAAUGAAUUCGAUGAGGAUUAUAGAAGAGCGUAUGGUGGUUUAAGUUUGCCUGGGGUUUUUGAGUUUUAUAUAAGAUAUGAGAUUUUAUUUUCAGAAACUUUUCAGAAAUAUGCAGAAUUUAAUAAAAUGGAUUGGUAUAAUUUUAUUUCAGAAUAUGGUGACACAAUAGUUGAUUCAAAUUCGACCAAUGAGGGUAGUGAUGAUGAUGUUAAACUUUUGUGCAGAAGAAUUCUCGAGAAAGCUAUUCUUCCUAGGGCUACACAAUUAAUCAACUCAUAUAAUCCAUAUUCAAGCAAACAUACUAACUUUAUUAUCGAGUUUUGUAAUAAAACCUUGGAUUAUGUUGAUAGAAGCUCUCCAAAAUUUGAGACUUUUUUAAUGAGUAUUUCUGAUCGUUUGCAAAACACCAUCAAAUCUUUGAAGAUCGUAUCAGAAAGUGAUUUCUUAAUUCCUCAAAUUGAGGGACCUAUUAUGAGAGCAAGAAAUAGAUAUUUUUGCAGAAAAUAUAAAUUGAUGCGAAAUUUAAUUCUAUGGAAAAAUAUUAUAUCACCAGAUAUUCUUCGACCAAUAAUAAUUGAUCAAUUGCUUGAUAAAGUUAUAUUAUGUCUUUUGAUCUCAUCUCAAGUGGAUUCACAAAAAUAUCAAAAGAUACUUGAGAUUGUACCAGAAGAAUGGCUUUCACCGCCAUUAUUACAAAAGAUUGCACUUGGGGCAGCAGGAUUAUAA